AUGCCAUUUGGUGUAUUCACAGGUGUUACAAAUCAUGGACUUUCUUACUGUGCUGCUAGUGCUCUGCUUUAUAACAAAACUUGUUUAAGUUUUAAGUGGCUUUUCGAAGCCUUCAUUCAUAUCUUUGGUACUGUACCCCAAACUAUUCUUACGGACAAUGAUCUCUCAAUGGCUGAUGCUAUUCAUUUUGCUUUAACUGAUAAAUAUAACACUAAGCAUGGUCUCU